AUGGACUCCAGUAUGCAGCUGGUGCCACAGCCUCGGGUCCAGAAGGCACAGACCCAGCCAGAGGCUCACUCUGCCUCAGAUGCCCCCUCAUCUUCCUCCUCUUCCUCAUCUAGUCUUGGAGGUUUCGUGGACUUCACUUUCACCCAGGAGCCUCAGGACACGGUGACGGUGCGAGGCGGCGUGCUGCAACUCGACUGCCAGGCGCAGUCCGACACAGUGGCAGGACCUCCAACCAUGACGUGGCGCAAGGAUGGCGUGCUGCUGAGCGCGGUGGUGGACGACCGGCGGCAGCAGCUGGCUAAUGGCUCGCUGCUGGUGCAGAACGUUGUGCACUCGCGACACCACCGGCCCGACGAGGGCGAAUAUCAGUGCCUCGCCACACUGGACGGACUGGGGAGCAUUGUUAGCCGGAUCGCUAAAGUCACUGUGGCUGGUCCACUGAAGGUGGUUGUCCCCACUGAGUCAGUCUCUUCGUACCUCGGCGACACCGCCCUGCUUCGCUGUGAGGUCUCGGGCGACCCGACGCCCGUCAUCCGCUGGCAGAAGAACCGGGAAGAUCUGCCGCUGACCUUUGACCCCGACUCCCGUCUGGCGGCGCUGCCAUCUGGUUCGCUGCAGGUCAGCCGCGUCCAGCCGCCAGACUCGGCCACGUACCGGUGUCUGGCUGACAACCCUGGCAGCACCAGGACUGGGACAGAUGCCGAGCUCCGAGUACUACCAGAGCCCGGGGUGAGCAGGAACCUCCAGUUCCUCCAGCGUCCAUCCAGAGUAACGGCUCUGCUGGGAGCCGACGCCGUGCUGGAAUGCUCCGCCUCCGGAUACCCGACUCCGACCAUCCAGUGGAGAAGAGGAGAGGAACUGAUCCAGAGCUGGAAUAAGAAGUACUCUCUUCUGGCGGGCAGUAACCUGAUCAUCCGGAGCGUCACUGACGAUGACUCGGGCGGCUACAGCUGCACAGCUACAAACAAGAACCACAACAUCACUGCACACGCAGAGCUGAGUGUACUGGUGCCUCCUCAGUUCCUGAACUACCCAACCAACACGUACGCCUACGAGUCCACCGACAUCGAGCUGGAGUGUGCUGUGACAGGAAGCCCACCGCCGACCGUCCGCUGGAUGAAAAACGGAGAGGAAGUCAUCCCCAGCGACUACUUCCAGAUAGUGGACGGCAGUAACCUGCAGAUUUUGGGUUUGGUGAAGUCAGACGAAGGAUUUUAUCAGUGUGUAGCUGAAAACUCAGCUGGCAGCUCGCAGGCCAUGGCUCAGCUGCUGCUCCGAGAACCAGUGUCCCCCAGCCCAGGCGUUGCCCUCCCCUCUGCCCCCCGCGACCUGGUCCCUGUCCUAGUGUCCAGCCGAUUUGUCCGACUCAGCUGGCGUCCCCCGGAGGAGACUGGAGGAGCUGUGCAGACCUACGGCAUUUAUUACUCCCAGGACGGAGUCGAAAGGGAGAGGUCAGUGAACGUGUCGGAGCCAGAGUCUUUGGAGCUGACCGUCUCCAAUCUGAAACCAGAGGAGAGCUACAGCUUCAGGGUCAUCGCUUACAAUGACGUAGGGCCCGGAGAGAGCUCCGCCCCCCUGAGGAUCACCACCAAACCAGACCUCCAGGUUCCCAGCAGGGUCCUGGAUUUUUUUGUGUUUGUCUCUGCAGUACCCAGCGCUCCUCCUCAGAACAUCACCUUAGAGGUUGUCCUGUCCCGGAGCAUCAAGGUGUCAUGGCAGCCACCACCACGUAGCGCCCAGAACGGCAUCAUCACAGCCUACAAGAUCAAAUACAGGAAGACUGGUCGCCGUGGAGACCAAGAGGCCAUAGAACCCAACAACUUCUGGUACCUGUUCACAGAGCCGAGCUCGCACUAUGUGAUUUCCCUUAAGGCUUUCAAUAAUGCCGGAGAGGGAGUUCCUCUGUAUGAGAGUGCCGUCACACGAUCUCUGACAGACCCCAUAGACCCAUCUGAGGAUGACCUCUUCCACCUCUUUGAUAAAUACCCCACUCCCAUGCCAGACACCAGCACACCCAUGAUCCCCCCGGUAGGAGUCCAAGCUGUGGCUCUGUCGUCGGACUCGGUCCGUGUUUCCUGGGCCGACAACUCCAUGACCAAGAACCAGAAGGCAUCUGAGGUCCGGUACUACUCUGUCAAGUGGAAGACCAGCUACUCCACAAGUGGAAAGUACAAGUCUGCAGACACCACAGCACUCAGCCACACUGUCACCGGCCUCAAACCAAACACAAUGUACGAGUUUGCUGUCAUGGUAACCAAAGGUCGCAAGUCCAGCACCUGGAGCAUGACGGCGCACGCCACAACAUAUGAAGCAGCUCCUAGCUCCGCCCCCAAAGAUUUGACUGUGAUCAGUCGCGAGGGACGACCCCGCGCCAUUUUAAUCAGCUGGCAACCACCGAUGGAGGCUAACGGACGAAUCACAGGUUACAUCCUCUACUACACACUGGAUAAGAACAUGCCGAUAGAUGAUUGGGUGAUGGAGGCGAUCAGCGGCGACCGGCUGACCCAUCAGGUGGUGGAUUUGAACCUCGACACAGUCUAUUACUUCAGGAUUCAAGCCAAGAAUGCCAAAGGAGUCGGCCCACUGUCUGAGCCCGUCCACUUCAGGACCGCCAAAGUGGAACAUCCAGAUAAGAUGGCUAAUGAUCAAGGUCGAGGGGGAGACCACACUUACUGGCCGUCGGACACCAACCUGAUCGACAGGAGCAGCAUCAACGAGGUCAUGGAGGCGCAGGUCUUCUGUGCUGGCCCUUCCUCUUACUGGCGCUGUGGCUCGCUCGCGUCCUGCACAGACAGCAGAAACACACAGCUACCGAAGCGAGCGAGCCACAGCGCCAGUAAGAGGAAGGGCAGCCAGAAGGACCUGCGACCUCCUGACCUCUGGAUCCACCACGAGGAGAUGGAGAUGAAAAACAUGGAGAAAGCCCCCAGUGUCGCCCCGUCGGGACACGAUUCACCCAUCCAGUCCUGCCAGGACCUUCCCCAGGUCGCACACAGCCAAUCAGAGAGCCAGAUGGGCAGCAAGAGCAGCCACUCAGGAGCUGACGGUGACGAGGCAUCCAGCAGUAUCUCCACUCUGGAGCGCUCCCUGGCUGCAAGGAGGGGGACACGAGGCAAAAUGAUGAUUCCUAUGGACUCACAGCCGAGCAACACACCGGUGGUCAGUGCCAUCCCAGUGCCAGCUCUGGACUCUUCUCAGUAUCCUGGUAUCCUGCCUUCACCAUCCUGUGGCUUCACUCACAACAAGUUCAGCCUGAGACCGAUGCCUUUCCCCAGCCUGACUGUGGACAGAGGAUACACACCAGCAAUGCCUUCAGACACCUCUGCCAAUCCUCUCCUCCAGCAGCAGCCUCCACCCCAACAGGCCCCUCCCCUCCUCCCUGGCUCGUCCGCCCCACCGGGUGAACAUGUCCCCGGGGUUGGCCCAGUGCCCGGGGCUCCUGCGGCUGUUACCGCAGCCGCCGCAGAGGAGGCCCAGGCUGGUAGCGGUCGGACCAUCCCGACAGCCUGCGUGCGGCCCACCCACCCGUUGCGAAGCUUCACCAACCCGCUGCUGCCACCGCCAAUGGGGACUAUCGACCCCAAAGUGUACACCUCCAUGAUGCCACAGUCCAGUGCAAGCCUUCCAAAGCCCCAGGUGAAGACCGCCUCUCUGGGUCAGGCCGGUAAGGCUCGCUCCCCUUUGCUGCCCGUCUCAGUCCCUACGGCGCCCGACUUACCGGAGGAGGGAGGAACAAAACCUGCCGAGGAUUCAGCUGCCAACGUUUAUGAGCAGGAUGACCUUUCAGAGCAGAUGGCCAGUCUAGAAGGGCUGAUGAAGCAGCUCAACGCCAUUACCGGCUCCGCCUUCUAACCUCUUAUUUCGGCCCA